GUUCCUAGUUGAGAAACACUGCUUCGAAGUACGUUAUUUACCAGGUUAUAGUCUUGUACUUGCAAAUAACAAUUCGUUUCUGAUAUUAUAGUUAUGUUGAAUUUUUAAGUGAGAAAAUAAAAUUUGAGAAAAUUUGACAAACAAAUUAUUAAAUGCAAUGUCUGAAACAGUAAUUAAAAAUACCGAUUCUGGAAACAACUUGAAUCAUAAUAUUAAACAAGAAUCUGCACAAGAAUGUACGUCUGAAAAAUAUAAAAAAAAUUUUAGAAAAGAUAAUAAAUGGAGCGGUGAUUACAGAAAAAAUAGAGGAUCGUAUAACAGUGGAUUUCGAAAUAAUAAUUUUGGCAAUAAACCUUUUAAACGUAAUUUUAAUAAUUGGUCGAAUUUCCAAUCAAAUGGAAAAAGAAAGAAAUUGAAAGUUGGAAACAGGCUAAAGGAAUGCGAUGUUGGAAUUACAGAGUUUAUAGGAAAUGAUGGAUUUUUUGGUGUUAUUAAAGAAAGAUAUACAGAUUUUCACGUUAACGAAAUUGCUCUUGAUGGACAAAUCGCUAAAUUAUCAAAUCAAGACAUUCCAUCAGAUGGAGAAGAUGACAAAAAUUUACAAGACUUAAAAAAGAUGGUAUCGGAUACACUUUGGAAUCAACUACAGAAAUUAAAAGAAUCAGAAGAAUCUACCAUAGAAAUUGAUGUAACGAACAUGGAUAAGGAUCAGCGUAGAGCAAUUCAUAGAAUUGCUACGACAAUGAAGAAUAUUAUUAGCCAAACUAUAGAUAAGGAAAAUAAAAAGAUCAUGAUGAUCUUACCAAAUAAAAAUAAUAGCAGUGCUGGUCGUAACUUCCGGAGAGAUAAACGGGUAGAUUGGAAAAAGCGAGGAGAAUAUUGUUACUUUUUGUUACACAAAGUGAAUAUGGAUACAAUGGAUGCUCUGAAUCAAUUAGCCAUGAAUUUACAUUUAAGGCCAAAUAAUUUUAGUUAUGCUGGAACAAAGGAUCGUAGAGCAUGGACCACUCAAUGGGUUAGUGUCAGGAAAGUUUUACCCACAGAUAUAUUAAGAGCAGCAAAAAAUGUACGUGGAGCAUAUGUAGGAAACUUUAAAUUUGAAACAGAAUCUUUGAAACUAGGCAUGUUGAAUGGUAAUUCCUUUAGAAUUGCUUUGAGAAACGUCAGUGGAACAGAUGAGCAAAUUGAAAAAACCAUGAUUUCUUUGAGAGAUCAUGGAUUUAUAAAUUACUAUGGUCUGCAAAGAUUUGGUACUGUAGCUACUAUUCCAACUUAUGAAAUAGGCAAAGCUUUACUUCAAGGUAAAUGGAACGAAGCGAUCAAUUUAAUUUUAAAGCCUAGAGAAGAAGAACAGGAUGAAGACUUGGUAGAAGCUAGAAAAAUAUAUGAAAAAACUAAAGAUGCAAGUGCUGCAUAUAACAGGAUUAGAAGAUACGAUAAAAUAGAGGCUACACUUUUAAAGGGUCUUAGUAUAUCUGGUAUUCAUAAUCCUCAAGGUGCUUUGGAUUCGAUACCCAGGAAUGCUCGCUUAAUGUAUAUUCACGCCUAUCAAAGUUUUGUAUGGAAUUAUAUGGUAUCAAGAAGGAUAAAAGAAUUUGGAAGAAAUCCUAUAGUAGGGGAUUUAGUAUAUGGAAAAAAUGUAAAACAUAAUGAUAACGAAGGAGAAUUUGUUUAUGAUAAUGGAAGCGAACUUGCAACUGAAGGUAAUGAAGAACCUAUUAAAAAAAUAAGUAGACUUGAAAGCGAAAUGGAUGUAGACGUAAAGAUCGAGAAAUCUUCUGAAGCAUCUGAAGAAUUAUCAAAUACUUUGGUGGAAGAAGUAACAGGUGCUGCAGAAUGUUGUCUUAAAAUAGAUGAGAGUACACAGCAAAGUGGAACUACUAGUGAAAAAGAUGAAAGCGACGAUUCAUAUAAUCUUCCUAUGGUAAAAAUUCUCGAAGAAGAAGAUUUAUCAAAUUAUACUUUGGCAGAUGUAUUAAUGCCUCUAGUUGGCUGGAAAGUUACAUACCCACCUUAUGCUAAACCAUGGUUUGAUGAGUUUUUAGCAAAAGAUGGAUUAACUACUGACCUAAGACAGAAGAAUAAAAAAUAUAAUUUGGGAGGUGCCUAUAGAAGGAUAUUGCAAAUUCCUUCAAAUUUAUCUUGGAACAUUACGCAUUAUUCGGAGAAACAUAGCGAUCUUAUUAUGUGCGAUAUGGACGAAAUGAGGAGGUCAUCAGCUCCAAAAAAUGAUCCAAGUGACAAACGAGGGAAUGACGCUGCAGGACGUCCGGCGUCCCGAUGCCAUACGACAAAUUAUCUCACCUCCGCUCUGGCCGAAUACCGUGAAAAAUCGCCGAUAUCGUGACGAAGCGUUACUGUUCAAAAACGUAUCGUUCUAUUGGGAUAAUUAAGCGUUAUUUUAGUUUAAUCUUAUUAUACAGCAUCUUCUCAUAAUAAAUAUUAACACACGGA